UGGGAGUGAGGCGGGCGCGUGUGCACGCGGGACGCCUUCCCUGCGCCUUACUCCUGGUCCGAUCCGUGGAACCCGGGGAGAGGACUCCGGUGCCCGUUGUCACCUGGAAGCCACUUUUUCCUGCCUUCUUUCCCCCCUGAUCCGGGUAGCGGGUAGGAGCUGAGAAAUCGGAGUUGGCUGCAGCCGAGGGUAGGCAGAGAGCGAACAGUUAAGUCGCUGCCGUCCCUUGGGUGCCAGCAGCUCUAACUUGAUUUAAUGCUCCCCGUAGCCCUGCGAAGAGGCAUCAUGACCCCCCCGUUUUACUGAUGAGGGUGCCCACACCGGGAUGAGAAAUGACUCGCCCUGGGGCAAGCCACUGGAAAGGAGACGCCAGUGGGGGACUCGGAAGCCCCCACGCUUCUCCCUCUUCUCCUGCUCCCUCUCUGUCCAUCGCGCGCGGAUCUAGGAAACUCGCGCUGCUGGGUCUGUUAGGGAAACAGCGCUUUCUUUCGAUGCAGAACGAGCCCCAGGCACCCCAGCAGGCCGCACGCUUCUCUUUCGCGGUGGAUGAGGUCGCCUGCAGAUCCAGGCUGGGCCUUAUGGGCCGCCCAGGCGGAGCGGGACUUCCCGGUCAUCGUCAUCCUCCGCUCCCCCAGCUCAGCCUGGCCGGAGUUCGGCUUCCCCAGCCCCUGUCCGCCGCCCACCUGCUGAGGAGCAGCAGAGUGCUGUGUCACUCAGGAGUUGGGGACCCCUGACGCAACCCAACCGCCCUCGUGCGCUGUGCAGAAAGGUCAUUGUUGUCUGUCCUCCUACUCCAGUGAGAACUUCACUGCACCCGAAUCCUGACAGUUGGAGUUGUUCAUUUUCUUCUGUUGGAACGCUUCUAGAGACUGAACUGUUACCUCGGAUCUGGUGUCGGGUGGUGGUGGAGGAGAUACUUGCAAGAAGAUGAACUAAGCCGCUAACUCAAUUACAAGAUUUUUUAAAAAGCCUCGUGGGGCAUAGCACCAUCGCUAAAUGCCUGGUACAUUUAAGAAGCCUGACUGCGGGAGAGGCCCUCUACAAACGCUGUUACCUGGAAUCUGAGAACUAACGCCAUUCUCCAUUUCAAGAUGCCUUUGCCGUUUUGACAGAUGCAAACUGACCCCUCUCGAGGCCACGACAGAAGGGGAAUCGUGACUGUUUGAAGCCUGGAAGACUGCCCUCAAUUAAGGAAAAUCCUCGAUCAUUGUCUGAAAUGCUGAGAAAGUUGUUGCGAAGGAGACUUUUCUCUUAUCCCACUAAAUACUGCUUCUUGCUUCUUGUGUUUUCCCUAGUCACCUUCUCUGUUUUAAGAAUUCAUCAAAAGCCCGAAUUUGUAAGUGUUGGGCAUUUGGAGCUGGUUGGGGAGAAUCCUAAUAGUAAUAUUAAUUGUACCAAAAUUUUACAGGGGGAUGUAGAUGAAAUCCAAAAGGUACAGCUUGAAAUUCUAACGGUGAAAUUUAGGCAGCGCCCUCGGUGGACAACCAGCGACUAUAUAAACAUGACCAGAGAUUGCAAUUCUUUCGUCAAGAGGCGCAAAUAUAUCGUAGAGCCCCUUAGUAAAGAAGAGGCGGAGUUUCCCAUUGCGUAUUCUAUAGUGGUUCAUCACAAAAUCGAAAUGCUUGACAGGCUCCUGAGGGCCAUCUAUAUGCCUCAGAAUCUCUACUGCAUUCACGUGGACAGAAAAUCAGAGGAUUCCUUUUUGGCCGCGGUGAUGGGCAUCGCCUCCUGCUUCAGUAACGUCUUCGUGGCCAGUCAGCUGGAGAGCGUGGUGUAUGCCUCUUGGAGUCGGGUUCAGGCCGACCUCAACUGCAUGCAAGACCUCUACAGGAUGAGUGCAGACUGGAGGUACUUGAUAAAUCUUUGCGGCAUGGAUUUCCCUAUUAAAACCAACCUGGAGAUUGUCCGGAAGCUCAAAUCGUUAAUGGGGGAAAACAACCUAGAGUCCGAGAGAAUGCCAUCCAAUAAAAAAGAAAGGUGGAAAAAGCAUUAUACAGUUGUUAAUGGAAAGCUGACCAACACGGGGACGGACAAAAUGCACCCUCCUCUUGAAACGCCCCUGUUCUCAGGCAGUGCCUAUUUUGUGGUCAGCAGGAAGUAUGUGGGCUAUGUGCUAGAGAAUGAAAAGAUCCAGAAGUUUAUGGAGUGGGCCAAAGACACUUACAGUCCAGAUGAGUAUCUCUGGGCCACUAUCCAGAGGAUCCCCGAAGUCCCAGGCUCACUGUCCCUAAGCCAGAAGUAUGACAUGUCUGACAUGCACGCGAUCGCGAGGUUCGUCAAGUGGCAGUACUUUGAAGGUGAUGUCUCCAAGGGGGCCCCCUACCCGCCCUGCAGCGGGGUCCACGUGCGUUCUGUGUGUGUCUUCGGAGCAGGUGACUUGAACUGGAUGCUACGAAAGCACCACUUGUUUGCCAACAAGUUUGACACGGACAUUGACCUCUUUGCCAUCCAGUGUUUGGAUGAGCAUCUGCGGCAUAAAGCCCUGGAGACACUGAAACGCUGACUCUUCAUCGUAGGCAACUUGAGAAAUAAAACCCAUGCGUGAGAUGAGACGCACCCCAUCCGAUUCUUCUGCUUUGUUCAUACACAUCCGAGAAACUCUAGGGGGCGCCCUUGUGGGUGGGGACUCCCAACUGUGCGUAUCCUCCAAGCUCUGGUUUCUCCGGAGCACAGUGGGCUAGAAAGGUUAUAGCAUCACAUGUUGACCUAGAGUUAGCAUGGGGCCAGGAGGGGCGCUGAGUGGCCCGGGUGGCUGGGGAAGAGACCGUGCGAAAACCAGCCUGUUAAAAGAGCUCAGGGACUUAAAAGGAUUUCGUCUGUGCCAAAAUUACUUUGAGAGCUUUAAAUACGACAGUUUUCUUGAUCUGAAUAAAUUUGUAGCAACAACCAAUUGUAAGGAUAUAAUUUAUCUUGCAGGAUUUAUUCGGUGACAUAAGGAGUUUGACUUUAAGUGAUCGUUGUAAAUAACUUCGUCGUAACAUUGUGCCGUGUGUGUAUCAGUAUGUGUCAUCUCAGGGAACUUGAAAAAGGGGGCUUGAUUGAACAUGAAUAUUUCUGACUAAUUUUCCCUUCCAACAAUGUAUCGAUGUUUUUUAAAACAAGAAAGUGAUGAUGUCUAGUUUAGUUGAUUCUGUGAAUCAUCUUAGCUUAUUAGAAAAAAAUCUCUUAGGUUAUUUAAAAAGUUAUCUUUGUUGUUCUAGUGUCUACAGAGGACACUUUAGUUUUUCCAAAUAUUUUUCUCUACUUUCUCCCCACCCCGGUCUCCUCAGACCCUGCUAUCAAGCUGUACUGUAUAAAAACUUGUUUUCAAGGGCGCCUGGGAGGCUCGGUUGAGCGUCCGCCUUCGGCUCAGGUCAUGAUCUCGCGGUUUGUGGGUUCGAGCCUCGUGUCGGGCGGGCUGACAGCCUAGUGUGCUGACAGCUCAGAGCCUGGAGCCUGCUUGGGACUCUAUGUCUCCCUCUUUCUCUCCCCCUCCCCCCCCCCCAAACGCUGUCUGUCUCUCAAAAAUAAACAAACGUUAAAAGACAUGUUUUAAAAAAAACCUUGUUUUCAUGGUGCCCCCAUAUGACUGCCUCAGUUCUCUUUUGUGAUUCAAGUGAUAGCAAUCCGUGCAGGGAUCUCAGACAGAAAGGGGAAGGUAGGUAUGGGGAGUGGCACGAACGGGCCAUGUGUGGGCAAUUUCUGAGGGCUCUGAGGAGUUUUUAGCCAGCAGUCUACUAUUUCCGGGUAUCAAGGCUGUUGCUCUUUGGAUCCACUUGCGUCCAGCCUCCCAGGACCUUACGUCCCAAUGUCACCUGUGUCUCCCUUUGAGAAGGACUGGCUUCUGCUGUCCCUGCGUCUUCAUGCUUCCUGCCCCUCCGUCGGUCCUUAGCCCUUGGAUUACAGGUUGCCUUCUCUCGGAACCCAGCCCCUUGCUGUUGUUCCACAUGCGUCCUCGAAGGCCUGGGGAUCCUGAGGGGCACCCCAGGUUUGGGGCACACGGUUUCAGUGUUGGUAUUAUUCACAGCAUAUUGGUUUUUUGCUCUACUUUUCCGCCAAAAGGCCAGCGAUUCGAGGUUGCUCUCGUGCUAUCUCCUAGCUCAAAGUUAACGAAGAUUAGAAAGAAGAGAAAAGAAAA